AGAGUCAAAGAGUGCUUGAAAUUGUCGGGAGGGAAGCGGAUGGGGGCCGGCGAUGCGCCCUGGUCGGAUGUGGAACGGCGAGAGCCGGUCCGCAGAUCGGCUCGGGGCGUGGACCGACGCGGGUCGUCGGCAACCUAGGCCCUUGGUCGUGCGGGAGCCUCGAGCACCAUCGACACCUUGUUGCUUGGAUGUGCGGGAGCCUCGAGCACCAUCGGCACCUUGGUGCAUGGAUGAGCGGGAGCCUUGAAUAAAUCAUUUAAUU